AUGGACACGAGGGGGUUACGGCUCAGGGUUUCGGGGGACACCAAGGUGUUCGAGGUGGACCAAGCGCUCGUGCUUCGCGUCAAGAGCGCCCUUCUCACGCAAGCGGCGGCGGCCGACGAAGUAGCAGCGGCGGUGGCGGGGUUUCGAGAGAGGAGGGACCGCGGUGUCGGCCAGGGGCGCGUUGUCCCUGUGGAGGCCGACCUGCGCGUGGAAGGGUGGCAGGGGGAGCUGUUCGAGGCGGGCUUCGACCCCAGCCUGCCGAGCGCGUAG